GGAAUGCCUUGGUAAUUUUCAUUGAACAUGUGGACGUCAUGCCGUUUGUUUUGGUUUGUGGAUUUCCAUCAAGUGGAAAAAGUAAACGAACAGAGGACUUGAGAUAUUACUUAAGUGAAAAUACAGAAAGAACUGUACAUGUCGUAAGCGAUCAUACACUGGGAUUUGACAAGAAUAAAGUGUAUGCAGAUUCAAUUGAGGAGAAAGAAAUUCGAGGAAAAUUAAAGUCUGAGGUACAGAGGUUACUGAACAAGGAUGACGUGGUAAUUCUAGACUCCCUUAAUUAUAUCAAAGGUUUUCGAUAUGAAUUAUACUGCAUAACAAAAGCCUGUAAAACACCCCAAUGUGUGAUAUUUUGUGAUAUCAGUAAAGAGAAAGCAACAGAAUGGAACAGCAGAAGAGAACCAGACACAGACAGAUACACAGACAAAAUUCUAGAGGAGUUGAUGAUGCGGUUUGAGGAACCUAACCCUAAUCAGCGCUGGGACAGUCCGCUGUUUGUCAUCCACCCUGAAGACAAACUUCCCUAUGAUCAGAUCACAGAUGCUCUCUUUAACAGGAAACCACCACCACCUAACAUGGCCACACAGAAUCAACCCCUCUCCUCCACAAACUUCCUGUAUGAGUUGGACAGAGUAACACAGGGCACAGUCUCAACUAUAAUGGAGUCCCAGAAACUGUGUGUGGCAGGAGAUGAUAUUUCUAUACCAAGGGCUACUGAAAAAAUUCAUCUCCUUCGUCCAGUGACUCUAGCAGAACUACAGAGACACAGGCGUCAGUUUAUAACCUACACAAAAAUGCAUCCUGUAGAGGACCUAUCUAAGAUCCCCAACAUGUUUGUGCAAUACAUUAACAACUCAUUGACCUGACAAAGGUUAAUAGCUAUAACAAGAACAACUUUAAAUGUAGGAAAGAUUUUGUGGAGUUACUGCCCCUGUAUUUAUGUAUUGAUAUCUGAUUUUUAUGAAACUAAACAAAGAAAACAGUUUCAUUUUAUGAUAUUUGUAAUUAUAAUGUAAGAAUUGCAGUAAAUUUUUUGUUUUGGAAUUUUGCUCAAAUUUUUUUGUCUUCAGAUUGAUUAAAAAAGUAUUUGACAAAUUGAAACUGCUCAAAUUGCUGUAUGCCAUGAAUGCUAUAGUUGUAUUAUAUAACAGUGUACAAUAAUCUGUUCACAGGAAUAACAAUUUCUCCUCAAUAUUAUAUGUGAUAUGUGAGGACAAAACAUUUAUGUGAUAAAAAUUUCACAGACAAAAACUGCGUAACAGUAGACAUUUCAAAAGAAUAAUGUAUUUUUAUGGCAUCACUAAUUACAAAAUGUAUUGCGCUGUUAAAUGAAUGUUUUAGAUCAAUGAUUUUACUUCUUUGUAAAGCCAGUAUUUUUUAGUAAAGCAAAUUUUGUAUGUUGAAGCAUUGAUUUCGGUUUGUGGAGUUACUGCCCUUGUUUUUAAUAAAAUUGUCUCGAAUAUAAAAGUUUUUUUAAUUAACAACUUGCUUUUAACAAUUAAUUAUAUAUCAAGA